GUCACUCUGGAUGGCGUGGAUGGACAGCUGCAGCCGUCUUGGUGGGAUGUCCAGACCCUGCUUCGUUACACCAUGGUGUACAGAUCGUCCACCCUGUUCUUCUGCGGUCACCGCUGAUGAGAACUGUGUGCUUGAUGCAGAGGGCAACCGUGACACCUACACCACCACUGAUGCUGCAACCAUCAUCAAGUGGCGCUGUAGUGAGGUCGUCCGUGCAGUGUCUUACCAUGAGCAAGAGUCCAAGUUGUUGGUUCUCAUGGAUGGAGUUCCGGUCAUCCAGACAUCCAAGACCUACAAGCGGGUGACCUUGUCUGCCAACGGAUCACUGGUGAGCUCAGAGAGGUCCGAAACCACCUCCGUCCCGGCCCCUGUGGUCCCUGACCCGUCUGCUGAUGGUGCUGCUGGUGCUGCUGACGCCUCUGGUCCCACUGACCCACCUGGUGCUGACGCCUCAGCUGCUGCUGACGACACCCAGAGCUCUGCCCAGGGAUCAGAGGACAGCUGCCUCCUGCCUGAGGCUCGGGAGGUGCCCUUCAUCUUCAACUUCUUCCAGUCCAAGAACCUGGAGGACUUCUCGACCAGACUGACAGCCCUCAGGCAGGCCUUCACCAUCCUACUCAGCGACGCCCAGCAGUGCAACUACGCCAGCGUUGCUGUGAGGAUGAUCCUGCAGAACCUGGCCACGCUGAAUGGGAGGGAUGCGGAUCUCUUUCAGCGGGCCUUUGAUGACCUGGUGGCCUACGUCCAGAACCCGGAGAAUGCCCUGAGCAUUCAGGUGGAGCUUCUGGAGGCGAGGAUCCACCACAUCAAUGUGCUUGACAUCGUGUUCGAGUUGGUGCUGUUUGGCAUGUUUGAUGUGGCUCAACGCCAGCUGGUCCCUCGGGUGCAGGGUGGGUUCCUGGACCGACUGCUUGCAGUGGUUCAUGCCUUCCUGCCCUUUGAGGCCUGUUCACCAGCUGCACAUCAAUAUUGGCAGAUGCUGCAGGCGGACGUCCGGGCGUUCCUGGAGGAGGUGUUCUCUCUGGACCUCAGUGUCUACAGCCGUUUCCAGGUCCUCGCCGACGGGCUUUUCAGCUGUCUGGAGCGCCGGGUGGACCAGCUGCUGAGCACGCUCCCAUCGCCCUAAUAUCCUUUUUAAUACUCUCGAUAAAAUCAAUAUAAAAAAAAUGAUAUAAUGAUAUAAUACAGUAAUAUAUUACAAAGUCAAUGUCUUAACACCUACCCUCUAUGACCCCCCCUUUUACAGAUGCUACCUGUUGCAGUUUAGUUGGGGCCUACCAGUACCUUCCUGAGGACUAAGUACAUCCAAGGACACCUGGAGGAUCUGAAGACUCCUGGAGACAUCUGAGGACACGACACCUGGACAUCUGAGGACGUUGCCACACCAUGCAGA